CCCCACUGGCUGCUGGCAAAAGCCAUCUUUGCAUUGUUCCCUCCGCCGGCUCCCUGCCCUCUUUGCAUCUCCGCAGCUGCCCUCCCGCCGUCGCUGCUUCCUCCUCGCCGCCGCUCACCCCGGGGAUUUGGGCCGUCUUCGUGUUUUGUUUUUUUUUUUUUAACUUCCACCUUUCCACCCUGCUUGACUUUUUUUUUUUCCCUCCCCACCCCCCCGGUUUUUUUUGACCCUCGUGCCUCAACAUGUCAGACGCGGCCGUGGACACCAGCUCCGAGAUCUCCACCAAGGAUCUAAAAGAGAAGAAGGAAGUCGUGGAGGAGACGGAGAACGGCAGAGAUGCGCCAGCCAACGGGAAUGCUGAGAAUGAGGAAAACGGGGAGCAGGAGGCUGACAACGAGGUAGACGAAGAGGAGGAAGAAGGUGGUGAGGAAGAGGAUGAAGAAGAAGAGGGGGAUGGUGAGGAGGAGGACGGAGACGAAGACGAUGAAGCCGAGACAGCCACAGGCAAACGGGCAGCUGAAGACGAUGAGGAUGAAGACGUCGAUACCAAGAAGCAGAAAACUGAUGAGGAUGACUAGACAGCAAAAGGAAAAGAGUAAAUUAAAAAAAAAAAAAGAAAAAAGAAAAGAAAAGGCCACAGUGACCUAUUCACCCUCAACUUCCCGUCUCAGAAACUAAACGUGGUCACCUUCGAGUAGAGAGAGAGUCCCCGGCCGGCCAGCGUCGCCACCCCACGCAGACAACACCGCGCGUUCCAACCCAAC